UACAUGAAAUAGUGGGUGUGAUAUCUGAGCAGGAUAUAAGGAUUGUAGAAGUAUCAAGAAGUAGUGAAUCUAGAUUCGGUUUUGACUUUUUAUGCGCCUCAUUUUUCCACUCAGAAACAGUCGUUGCAGAUAAUGUUCUUCGAUUGUUUAUCGGACAGCGGUAUGGAAACUCGGAUCUAAGUUCGACGAAAGCAGUUCUAAGAAAUCGAACUGGAAGCACGUCCUUUUUUAUUUAUUUUUUUAAGUGUCGUUUGAACCUAAAGGCAACAAUAGUUGCGAAGAAUCCACAACCAUGCCCGUUUCCCGCGAAUGUGAAUGGGGACCGAGUGGACAGAAAGUGGUGGACAUUACCAAAUCUAGGAAGGAGAAAGUAUAGCUGCCAAGGUAGGACUUUCGCAGUGAGGAAGGACAUGGCAGCUGGCAGCGGUGCAGGAGCAGCCAGUGUGGGCAUUGCGGGCAGUGCCGUGGUGGGUGCCUCGAGCAACAUCCUCAGAGGAGCUGCGGCGAUCGCCUCUUGUGUGGCGGCCCCCACCUCCAGGAUAAGUCCGGAGAACUUCAAGCUGUGGGCAGAGCACCUGCUGCGGGCGCGGGGCGACAACGGCAUCUGUCGCGACCCCGUCAACUCCCACUACCUGGAAGGCGACGCAGUCGCCAUGGGGUACUUCGGUCAGACGCCGAUGUACGAACGUUUUGCCGGGCCGUGGCGCUCGUCUCCGCUGCAGAUGCACGAUGUCGACUGGGACCCUCCUCCGGAGUAUCGCAUCAAUUCCACAAUUAGGGAUAAACUGGCUCCUGUCGAUUUACGCCUGUACGGGGACGACGUGCUGUUUUAUACAUUUUAUGCAUUUGUCUCCGAAGCACUGCAAAUACUGGCUGCUAAUGAGCUUUACCUGAGAGGCUGGCGGUUCCACAUACAGCGACGAGUGUGGCUGCGGCAGACUUCCCGCAGCUGGGCGAUAUUCGAGCCGUGGUCGUGGCAGGUGGUGGAGCGCGACCUGGACGUGGACGUGUCACUGCUGGAGGGGCGGCCCUUCCCUCCCAAGUCGUACUGCGCCCGCAGUUCGGCCUCCGAACCCGAGCGGGAGGUGCCGGGGGUCGGGGCGGUGCCGGGGCGCGUCCGGCCCGGCGUCCCCCGUGCGCCGUUCCCGCAGCACUGCCACAGACAGGGGGCGCAGGCCACCCGCCACCACCACUGCCACCGGACGCAGUUGGAGCGGCGGCAGGGCGAGUGCCCAGAGGACGGGCACCGGGAGGCGCACCUCGAGCUCGAACUAUUCCGCGAGCGGCCGCAGCCGCAGCACCGGCACGAGUCGCAGCAGGAUCUGCGGCAGCGUCGGCAGCUCGAGUUGCAGCAGCAGCAGCAGCAGCAGCAGCAGCGCUGGCAGCACGAACUGCAGCAGCAGAGGCAGCUGGAACAGCAGCAGCACCACCACCACCACCACCAUCACCCUCAGGGCCAUAGCCGACAGCUGUGCAACCACCACAGCUACCAGCAGCAGCAGCAGAAUCUCCACUUCCAUCAGACGCUUCAGCUGCAGCUGCAGCAACACAACCAGAACCAGCAGCAGGCGGUGCUCCCGAGUGACUACCACCACCCCCAAGCUGUGCACCGCCAGCUGCAUGUGCAGUAUCACCAGUUCGGUGGCAAUGUAGUAGUGGGCCUGCCGCCGGUACACCACGGUGUCGCCGUGGCGGAUGCCGCGGCAGACGGUCGGACGUCGGUCGUGGCGGCGGCGGCAGUACCUCCCGACUGCCGUGUCACGAUAUGA